CUACUAUUCAUGACUUGGCACCUCUAUAUAAACCUCUCACUUUGAUCACCUCACUCACAACUCAAAAUUCACAAACACCCUUCCUUCCUCAUUUACACACCUCUCAGCUUUAUUUCAAUCUCUCUCUCUUUUCCAAAUGGCCAGUGUUGAGGUUGCACAGCAAGCACCAACAACAGUGCAAGAAAAUGAAACAACCGAGGUAACCAAGACCCAGGAAACAAUCCCGGAACAAGUACCAACCACCGAGGUUCCUGCCCCAGAACAACCAGCAGCAGAGGUUCCAGCCCCAGAACAACCAGCAGCUGAAGUUCCUGCCCAAGAAUCGAACACAGAAGAGCCAAAGGAAGAAACCACCGAAGCACCAAAAGAAACAGCAGAAACAACAACUGCAGAAGAAACACAAGAUCCAGAAACCCAAGUUCCUGUUGAAGUUGUAACCGAGGAGGUGGUGACCAAGGAGGCAGAGGAAGAAAAGCCAAAGGAAGAGAAGCCAGCAGAGGAAAAAACUGAAGAAGUGAAAGAGGAGGCACCAGCAGAGGAGCCUAAAGAAACUACUGAAACAGAAUCAGCAACCACAGAGGAAGAGAAGAAACCAGCUGAGUUAGUGGAAGCCACAGAAGAGGUUCCUGUUGAGAAGACUGAAGCUUAGACCUAUGGACAGUGUGAGUAAGAAAACAGGUUUAAAUGGUCCUAGUUGUGGGGAUCGGGUCUACCAUUUUGCAUGCCAAGUUCAAAAGCUUUUUUCUAUUUUAUUUCUUUAGUUUACUUUAUUAUUACUAUUACUAUUAUAUAUGAUGGUUAAGUCCUCGGUUGUAUGGAGGGUAUACCUACGAGUAAGCACGACACUUGGCUCCACAUCAGCGUGCUUGCCAAGUGGCGACAUGAGAAGGAUUUGUGUAUUGAAGUGAGCAAGCUGCUGGUGCUGGAGUUGGGGGUGAUGGUUAUGGUUAUUGGCAGGGUUACAUGAGUUUGUGAUGGUGUGUUACUGUGUUUCUUUAGGUUUGAAUAAAUAAUAUUUACUUUAUAAUUUA